CGUGAUGUGAAUGAGUCGGACUAUUUUCUCUCGCCAUCUUCACCUUGCUGGCCUGACCCAGAAAACACUUCCUCAGUUUGGAAUAGCAUUUAGCUUCCAAUCCGCUAGCAUGAAUAUGCAUUAUUGACACAAGUCCGAUUGGUAAGUCAGAGAAUGACAUCACGAUAGUGUCAGGUAGUGAGCCACAGCCGCCCGCGAAGUCGAGCAGAUAACAACUUCGAGGUGUCCUCCUCUCUUCUCGCAGGACAACGGGAGAGUACGUCGCGCCAUAUCGCAAAACUUCAGUGAACUGACAAUAUAGGGAUCAGGAUGAAACGGACUCAUCAAGAACUGUGGGUCACGGUGUUUCUCAGUCUUCUGAGGGUCAGCGCGGGCACCGAGGUGGACGAGACAGCACCAAAGUUCAGGGCCGCGGUGUAUGAACAUGUAGUGACCAUGCCCUCUGACCCCAAGGAGAACGUGACCCGCGCGGAAGCUCUCUCGAUCAUGAGGCAGAAUCUGGCCACCUACGCACAGCAGGCGCAAGCAGCCAGGGCCCAGGGUGCUAAUAUUAUUGUGUUUCCUGAAGAUGGCCUUUAUGGCGUAGCUUUCAGCAGAGAAUCUAUCCAGCCAUACCUGGAGUACAUCCCUGACCCCAAGGUUGAGACCUGGGUGCCAUGUGACGAACCUGAUCGCUUCCCGAACACAGAGGUACAAGAAGAACUCAGCUGCAUGGCCAAGAACCACAGCAUUUACAUCGUGGCAAACAUGGGCGACCGCCAGCCUUGUCACCCACAGGUCAACGCCAACUGUCGCAAAGACGGGUACUUCCAGUACAACACCGACGUGGCCUUUGACCCUAAUGGUCGACUAGUGGCCAGAUACCACAAGAAAAACCUCUUCUUUGAAUACCAGUUCGACGAGCCGCGCCAAGCGGAAGUUGUUUCCUUUCAGACGCCGUUCGGACGUUGGGGCAUGUUCACGUGCUUCGACAUCUUGUUUUACUCACCAGCUGUGGAAGCUGUUGUAAGGGAAGGAAUCGCUAACAUCGCAUUUCCUACUGCAUGGAUGGAUGCCCUCCCGCUCCUGGCAUCCGUGCAGUUCCAUUCCGCGUUCGCGCGGGGCCUGGGUGUCAACUUCCUGGCGGCCAACAUCCACUGGCGCCUACAGAUUCAAGGUAGCGGCAUCUACACACCUACAGGCAUGGCGGCUUUCUAUCACAAUGCAUCGAUAUCCAGCGAACCGCGACUGAUUGUAGCGGAAAUCGAGAUCCUGACGAAGCCAUCCCCAGAGGGCACUCCGACUCCCAGAAAUGACGUCAACAGCACAGUCUCGUUCUCGUCUUCAACCGUCAGUUCCGAGAAUGUGACAAGAGUGAGGGAUGAUGGAGGGAAGCAAAGGAAAUAGCCUUCGUUUCAUUCUUGUUUCACGAUCUUUUUAACUUCGUGCAGCUCAUUGAGACAAAGGGAGGCUUUGCGGGUCUGUCACGAGGAGGUUUGCUGUAGUCUGGACUAUGAGCUGACUAAAGACCUCGCAGACCGACGACCUGUUUGCGUUCGGUGCUUUUGACGGACUCCACACGCACGAGGGUCAGUAUUACCUGCAGAUCUGCGCCCUCGUCCGUUGCGCAAACCAGUCUCGCCAAAGUUGUGGUUCGCCUACCAACCAGUCAUCGACUUUGUUUCAAAGACUCGCCAUCAACGGCAGCUUUAGCACGGAGUUUCUGUAUCCCGAAGUCCUCCUCACCUCACAAGGCAACUACCUUACGUCUCGCCGAGGCUAGCGAGUGGAGUUUUCAUGACCAAAUCAUCAAAAGCGAUCGAGGAUUCGCGUAUCCGUUGUUAUCAGCCGCCAUUUUUGGGAGAGAUUACGUUCGCGACAACACCACUUUGCCAUUGGC